AGGCGUGGUUCUUCAUUAUGGUCACGCCCACAAUAUGGAACCCCCUCAGCAGCAAACUCACUCAAGAAUCCGUCCUCACGGCAGAAGAAAGAAGGAGCUUACAGAAGAGCAGCAGCAAGAAAUCAGGGAGGCAUUCAACUUGUUUGACACUGAUAAUGACGAUGCUAUUGACUACCACGAGUUAAAGGUUGCCAUACGAGCAUUAGGGUUUGAAGUGAAAAAGACAGAAGUACAGAAAAUAAUUAAAGACUAUGACAGAAACGAUCAAGGCAAAAUCACUUAUCAAGAUUUUUAUGAUAUAAUGUCCGAGUGGGUCUCUCAAAGGGAUCCUGUUGAGGAAACCCUCAAAGCCUUUAAGCUUUUCGAUGAUGACGAGUCGGGGAAAAUAAGUUUAAGGAACCUUCGCAGGGUUGCUCGAGAAUUAGGAGAGAACAUGUCAGAAGAUGAGCUACGGGCAAUGAUUGAUGAAUUUGACACCGACAAAGAUGGAGAAAUAUCAAAAGAGGAAUUCAUGGCUAUCAUGCUUGGAGAAUGAACUCAAUAUUAAUGAUGAACUUUUGAAUUUAAUCCAUGUCUAUCAGAUUUAUCAAUAUUAUAAGUUAUAAUGUCAUAUCCUGGAACUGUA